AUGUGUUAUGUUGGAAAAGCUACAAAGAUCUUUAUAUGUGUAAUCACGAUUCUAGUUGCAGGAGGUAUAAUAUUGACAAUCUCUCUUGUCAAACGGCAUCAUGAUCAUAAGAACUACAACUGUUACGGAGAAGACUGCGAACAACCAACCCCGGCCCUCCCGUCAACAGGGUUUCCGCCUAAUGCUUACAGUCCACCAACUCCAUCAGCAAUUCUUCGAUCCCCAAUUCGAGCUCCACCACCACCACCGCCGAAUCAACCGAGUGAACCCAGUCAAUCGAAUCCACCAAGUGAUUUAAGUCCACCGAGCGAACCCAGUCAACCGAGUCCACCAAGUGACCCAAUAAGUCCACCGAGUGAACCCAGUCAAUCGAACCCCCCACCACCAAGUGACCCAGUCAGUCCACCAAGUCCACCUACUGAAACGAUUCAACCUCCUCCACCGAACCAGCCGAUUUCAGAGAAUCCAUUGCCGGUCGUACAAGCUCCAGUUCAGAGUCCACCGAGCCCGGUUACAGUUGCACAGGGACCUGUUCCUAAUCCACCAAGUCAGGAUACAGUCAUUCAAGGUCCCAUUCCUGCUUAG